CUUGCAAGACUGAAGUUCAAGAGCACAAAAAUUCUGAUUAUUAUGUUUAUAAAUGGUUUUAAUUGAAUACAAUAGAGUGAUCAUCAAGCAGCCAUAGCCAUACACAUACAGACAGACAUACACGCACACACACACGCACGCACAGCAUGCACACACACACACACACGCACACCCAGAAAGAUAGACGGCAACACACAUCGACUCACACGCACACACAUGGGCAAACAUUAAAGAAUUGCAAUUUCAGAGAAUAAGCAACAAGCGCUAGCCAACAACAAAAAUCACGCGGCUGUAUGGCUCUGUAUAUAUAUAUGUAUGUACACGUAUGUAUGUACACGUAUGUAUGUAUGUAUGUAUAUACACAUAUGCCAUAAAGCAAAAUUAUCGCGAAUUUCUACAACGGGCAUAAAAAGAAUUCGGUUUGCCUUUGAGACGAGACGAUUCGAUAUGACGAUGGAACAGUAGCAGUGGCAGCGCCUGAAGAAGAAUGCAUAUGAGAUGUGAUGUGAACAACAAUAAUAAUAAUAACAACAACAACUACAACUAAAUAAUAAUAAGAAUUUUUUUUAAAAUAACUACAACAACAAUCCAUAAAUAACCAAACAACAACCAACAAACCAACAGCAACCAACAACUAAGUACAUAUAACAAUAAGAACAACAGCCGCAACAGUGUUGGAGGAGGUGGAGGAGAAUCAAAAGCCCGCGAUAUAUAUUUCCAGUUAUUUGGUCCAAUCGUUGAGUGGAGCAACAACAACAACACCAACAACAGCAACAACUACUACGCGCCGCGCUGCGCGCCAACAGAGGCAGCUACAAGUGGAAGUUUAAUCAGAACAAUAAGGGAUAUAUGCUGAGGCUAUGCUGAGGCUGAGGCCUGAGGCAUCAUCAUUCAAGUGUUUGUUGUUGUUGUUGCUGCUGUUGCUCUGCCGCCGUUGUUACUGACGCUGACGCUCUGAUGCUAGCAAGUAGUGUGUAACUUGCUGGAGAAAAUUCAUUCUGAUUCUGAUUCUGGCGGGCAGUGCCAUCGAGUUUUUUAUUUGGAUUCUUUUAGCGCCCGUCUAAUCCGGGAAUCUUCUCAGAUACGAUUGCCGCAAAAAUGCUGUUGGACAAAGGAGAUGCGUACAGUUGUCGCCAAUAUCCCAGUAACACACAUAAUGAUGAUAGCCUGGGCCCGGCCAACUAUACGCCGAGAGUCUGUUGUCAGGAAUGCUGUUGCAGUUCUUCGACGAUGGAUCAUGCGAAAUACCAAAAUGUUAAUUCUCAAAAUAUCGUGUGUAAUAAUGUUAAUUUAAAAUCGACUGCGGAUCGGAGCGUCGACGAAAUAAUGUUGCCAUAUAAUAUAUACGAUUGGCAUACAACAAGUAUGAAACAUUCAAGCACAAGAACAGCAACAACUGCGCUUAAAGCGCCAUCAAAAGCCAUCAAAGUUCCUCUAACCAGCGUCGCGUGCUGCAACUUUUUAGUCGCCCGAUGUGCAGCUAUAAUUUUAAUAUCACUUUGCUUGCUGCUAACGGCGGCUCAGGGCGUUAGCGGUGAGCCACACACGUCAAGUAAUGCUACCAAGCAGCUUGCGGCGGCUCAGUUCAGUGCCAAUCUCUCCGAUAUACAAAGAAUAGACCCUGGCCUAUUAAAUGACAGGGCCAAAGGUGCGACGGACAAAGUCGAUGCCAAUAGCAAUAGGAAUAGUGAUUCAGAUCGCAGGUCUCCUCCAGCUGACGUACAGAGUGUCAUCGAUAAGGAAUUGACAUUUGGCCCAGAGCCUACACAAGCAGAAGUAGCAGUAGCAGCAGCAGCAGCAUCAGCAGCUCCAGCCUCAUCAUCAUCAGCAUCAGCUUCAUCAGCACACUCAUCAAAAGUUGACUUGGCGACUGGCCGGUCGGGGGGAUCUUUCUCGAGUCGCAGCGUCAGCAUGAAUCGAAACAGCCUGAUUAGUGGCGAUAAUAUGUUGCAGCGUCAAUUGCGCGAGAAGGCAAAACAAGAUAGUUUGGAGUCCAUCAAGAUGCACAUUCUGAUGCGAUUGAAUCUUAAGAAACUACCCAAUAUAACCAAACCGAUUCAAGUGCCACAAAAUAUUUUGGAAAAGUUUUACAAAGACUAUAAUGCAUCUUUAUCGUCGGGCUCUGUCUGGCGUCGCGGUAGCGCCAGCGGCAGCACAAGUCCAAGAAAUGGACUCUCCAAUUCCCAGGAAUAUUUUACAUCAGCCACCGAGUCGGAUGUUACAUCAAAUGUUGCCGAAAUAAGUCGCGAAUAUAUAUCGGACAGUGGAAAUACUGAAUUUGAAGAACAAAGUGAUGAUGCUAAUGCCUUUAACGAAUAUAAAUGGAUCUCUAAAUUUGGUCUCGAUGGCCGCGAAAAUACCGCAGCAAAUGAUAAACAUUUUGAACCGGAUGACGAAGAGGAAUACGACAGCAUUCUCUCACACAUAAACAGCAUUUAUGUAUUUCCAGAACAGCCCCAUAUGCGUCACAAUCGCAAGGCGGAUGUUCUGCGCUUUAAAUUCGACAGCAGUUACUCGGAUAUAUCCUACGCCACUUUGCAUUUAUAUUUGCGUGGCUGGGACUGGAUAAGCACACACUUGCCCGAACUGUUCGAAGAGAUCGGUGGAGAGCCGCAACGGCAAAGGGAUAUAGUUGUGUCCGUCCAUCGUGCCAUACGCCGAGGAAAUAGCACAAACAUCACUCACAAAGCCAAAGUGCUGGAAUUCCGGCACAAGAUUCCAACAGGACUCGGUCAAUGGGUUAAUAUUGAUCUGAAGCCGCUGUUUGGUCGGUCCAUGAAUGGACCCAAUAAAUCACAGGAAAUAUUGAUAAAAGGCGUGGAAUCAUGGAUGAAACCCUUGGUUGUGACCACGGACAACACCUCGAAAAAUCCACUGACGGUUCACAUAGAAAUCGGAUCGCAGAAGAAGCAUCGCAGAAAACGCAGCAUCUAUAUGGACUGUGCAGAGAACGAUCAGGAUGUGCGUUGCUGUCGAUAUCCCUUGAAAGUUAACUUCACAACUUUCGGCUGGCAAUUCGUCGUUGCACCGACAUCCUUUGACGCCUACUUCUGCAGCGGUGAUUGCAACGCUGGCUUUUUGGAGCAAUACCCCCACACCCACGUGGCAUCCCUGACAACGUCUGCAUCUCCAUGUUGCUCCCCAACUAAAAUGAGUUCCUUAAGCUUAUUGUAUUUUGACUACAACCACAACUUAGUGUUGAGUGUUAUACCAAAUAUGUCCGUGGAGGGAUGUAGCUGUUCCUAGCCGACACUUUUAAUUAAUUGCAAGAUUUUUAUACGAACAACUUUAGAUAGAAAUAAAAUAGUUUAUAUAUAUAUAUAUAUAUAUACGACAAUCAUUUAUUAUUGUA